AUGCCCACGGCCGCGGUGGCGGCGGCGUCGACGGCGCCAGGCGAGCGGGUGCUCAUCCCAGGCGGGGAGCCGCUCUGCAGGUUGACCCCCGUUCGGCGCGGGGCGUACGCGGCCGCGGAGAUGGACGCCCAGGAGUUUACAGAGAGCUUCGCCACUGGCCAGCGGUGGCUUGUCGAGAACGGGCGCCCGACCGAGGACCCUGCCACAGGCGAGACCGUCCAGGACAUCCGGGGCGCCUACGCGAGGCAGCAGCGCACCGCGAGCUUCGCGGUGGCGGCGGCCUCCCCGCGGGCCGCGGCGGCGGCCGCGGCCGCCCCCUCCCGGCCGAGGGCG